AUGCCGCUGUGUAAACCAACAAUUGCGGCGGGUAGCAAGCUGCAAUGGGUCACAAUCAAGCAGGACACCCAUCUCGCCCUCCAAGAAUGCAAAAUUGUCGGCAAGUCGUGGUGGUCUUCAGGUGAUGUCAGCUGGGGCUACCGCGUUAUCAUCACGGCCACCGAGACCCAGAUAGCCUAUGCGGGCGACAUCACACAGAUCGUGACCGACUGGGAGGUCUUACAGAAACUCGUGAGUGAGGAGCCGCCCUUGGACCCCGAAUCAUCCCCCGCGGCAAGCGCAGAGGUCAUCGAGCGCAUGCUGCAGCGGCGCUGGGACGAGAAGCAGGGCGGCAAGGAGAAACAGGACGGCGCCGAGAGCCAAAGCGGAAAGGAGAAGGAAAAGGAGGCCAUCGUCACCGAUAGCAGCAGCAGCAGCUCCUCCUCCAAUACGCUCAGCGCCGAGGUGAAGCCCACUUUCGAGAAGCGGUCCAGCAGCCGCAUCUUCUUUAGGUCGGGCUCGACCUCCAACGCGAUCAAGCGGUUGGCAGUGGGCGCCAGCGAGAGCUCGCCCUUCCCCGGCAUUCCGCUCCACCGCGAGGACCAGCCCUCUCCGCGGCUCGGUGGCGGCCCCAACUCGCCGCGCGCUCGGGCGGCCACAACCAUAGAAUCGCCCCGGUCAGCCGCCAUGGGGAGAAGCCGAGACGAGGAAUCGACCACGAAGCCGAUUCCCGAGGCGGCCUCGGCGCAGAACGACCAGAGCGGGCGCGAGCGGGAGAUGCGAGAGAAGUAUGAGCGCAGCUUGAAUGCCCUUAAGGACAAGGUCGCCGCGCCCCAACACGACGACCACUAUCGGGUGUACGUCGACUGCAUCAACAGCAUUUUGCACGAGCUGCAGGCGGUGAAGAACAUCAACGGCAAGGGAUCGCCGGACGAGGUCCAGACGACGGUCGAGGUGCUGUGUCAGCUCUCGAGGACGUCCCUCGACGCGGCGCGCAUGCUCGUGGCUCAGCAGAAGGCCACCCGAGAGCGGGUCGGCGUGACGAUGCAGGUGACGGCGGCGGAGGAAGAGGGCAGCAGCAGCCGACCGGCGACGGAAGACGAGCAACAGAAGGCCAAGGAGGGGCAGGGCGAUGCGGAGGUGGGAAGCGGUGACACGGAGAAGGCGAUGAACUCCUCCGCGGUUGACCCCAGCGAGCAGGCCAAGCAAGAGGUCGACAAGAACAGCAGUGACGACGAUGCCAAGAAGAGGCUGCAGCGGUGCGUGGAGCUCUUUACGGCGGCCAACAAGAGCCUGGCGUCGAUGACGCAACCACCGAGUGAUGUGGCCCAAGAGUGA